AUGGCCAGGGAAAACCAAAGCAUAGUGACAGAAUUCAUCUUUCAAGGCCUUUCCUCCCAGCCAAGGACACAGACUGUUCUUUUCAUAGUAUUCCUGGGUUUUUAUCUGUUCACAAUUGCUGGGAACAUCAUGAUCAUAACGGCGAUCAGAGCUGAUUGCCAGCUGCAGUCACCCAUGUACUUUUUCCUUGCCAACUUGUCCUUCUUAGAUAUCGCCUACGUCUCCAGCAACAUCCCCCAGAUGCUGGUGAACCUCUUGACCAAGAAGAGGACCAUCUCCUUCUCUGGAUGUGCCGCUCAGAUGUAUUUCUCUCUGGCUUUUGGCAUGACAGAGUGUGUUCUGCUCGGAGUCAUGGCCUACGACCGAUAUAUGGCAAUAUGUCACCCCUUGCUCUACACCACCGUCAUGAACAGGAAGGUUUGCAUUCAUGUGGUCGUGGCUUCCUGGACCAGCAGCCUACUGAGCUCCAUGGUCAUCAACAGCCUCACCUUGCGGCUGCCCCUCUGCGGGCCUGGCAUCUUGAACCAUUACUUCUGCGAAGUGCCAGCAGUGCUGGCCUUGGCCUGCACCGACACUGCCCUCAUGAAACUGGUCAUCUUCAUCUUCAGCAUCCUCAUAGUCUUCAUCCCCUUUCUUCUGAUCAUCACCUCCUAUGCCCGUAUCCUUUCUGUCAUCUUGAAGAUUCAAUCUGCACAUGCACAAUCCAAGGCCUUCUCCACCUGUGGAUCCCACCUGACGGUGGUAACCGUAUUCUAUGGGACAGCCAUCUGCAUGUACAUGAACCCUAAGACAAGGCCUCCACAGGAUGGGGACAAGGUGAUUGCAGUGUUUUACACCGUUGUAGCCCCAAUGCUGAACCCCCUCAUCUACGGCCUCAGGAACAAAGAAAUGAAGCGUGCCCUGAGAAGGGCAAUAAAUAGACCCAAAUCCCUGUUUAUUUAAAGGCUUUUCAGGGAUCGGUAGUAUUGCAUUUUGUUCUAUGACUUAAAAAAAUACUUAAAUGUGAUUAUUUCUCUGCAAUUGUCCUAGACUUAUUUUUACAAAGACUGAGAGGAAAUCAUAAAUGUGCUGAAUUCAACAGCACCUAAACAAAAAGACCUUGCAUACAAAUAACUUUCUAAAUAAUGUUUGGGAUUUGGCCUAAAACCCAGAGGCUAAAUAAAGACAUUGCGACUUCAGCCUGCCUCACCCUGGCAAUUCAUUUAAAACAGAAGUGGAGAAUGCCACGAGCAUCGUGGCAAGAAAGAAAAAAAAAAAGAAAAACGAAAAAAUAAAGAACGGUGAGAAAAAUUAAGUGCUUUAUAUAAAGCUUAAAAUGUAUUUUGCUUCUGAAGUGUUUUGUAAUUAACUUCAGAGCAUACAAACGUUUAAGUUACGUUGCAAACAUGAGCUGCUACUGCUAUUUCUCUUCAGACCUGAAGACUUCUCCAUGCCCGUUAUGUUGGUGAGCAAAGUUGCCAUCUUCUCCAAUAAAGGGUGCAGCUGUUUGCAACUAAUAACUAUCCCCUUGUGCUGUGAGUGUUUUCUCAACCCUG